AACUGACCCGGAGCAUGACACAGAGAGUACAUGCAAAGGGUUCACAGAUUUCGGGAGGAUGCGGACGAGAGCGAGAUGCUACAACCGACGAAACGGCCGCUGGGUUCACAAUUCCCUGGCCUUUUUCAUGGGGCCAAGUUUAGGCGAAGCACGCUGUGGAGGCGAUCCACUGGGCACGGCAACCUAAAGUUGGGACGAUGACUGGUUCAACGCCGACCUGCUUCCUCCAUCGACUCGUUGACAAUGCCCCUUGGCUUUUGUGGCCCUGCUCUCGCGUGGCCUCCGGGACGCGGACUCCGCUGCCAGAGGAGGUGGCGAAACUUCUUCAGCGUGGAAAGCAGUGGAUCGGUAGUUCAGGAAAACCAGUUGCAGUUGGGUACAAUCCAAUCACUUGCCGCAUGUGUGUAAAGAGGAUUGUCGUUUCGAUGGUGGUAGCUUUUUCCCAUCGCUUAAUGUAAAUAGUUUGCAGUGUGAUCCGAUGUGAUUUUUGUUUUUGUUUCGUUUUGGUAGACAUUUUGCUUGGAGCUGGUGCGGGAGGGGAGAGGCGCGUGAGGUGGGGGUUGCGGGGAACUGGGUUGAGCAGGUCGGGAGUGGAGAUUGAAUAUAUGAACAUGAGAAUUGAAGCACCACUGCCCUCGAGAGUGUACUUUCAGCGAGAACGGAGCCAUAGACGGGAGUUGUAGCUCUCAUUUUUACCUCCUCGUGAUGUCACUCUUGUCGCAUGAUUCGCUUCAAUACUAGGCGCAAGCACUUCCAUCGAAAAGAUCCAAUGCAGAUGUAGAAGAAGAAGAAGCAGAAGAAGAAAAAAGAAAAAAGGAAAAAAUUGAUAAUAGGUUGUUUGUGUUAGAGAAUUCGUUACACCCACUGGAUAAGUGGAGUCGGUGUGAGGAAUUGACACGAAGGAUUGGGGUCGUAAACGUUGGCGAGAGAGUUCGUACAGAGAGAAGGUUAGGAACUCAGAUUUAUUUUAUGUUUUGGGUACUUUCAGUGGGUAGGAGCUUGCUAGAGAACUUAUCAGUGGUAUUCGAUUUGGCGCUCGCGACGUGGUUGGAUUACAAGCGAGAAAGGAUCGUUUCAGCAUCGACUUGAUCGAUCUCCACAGGCCGAGGUCGCGAUAUCAGCAGGGCGGCAUUUUCCGCUAUCGUCACCUCUACUUUCCAAUCAUUAUAUUUACCCGACAAGCUGAUGCGAGUAGCAAGCCUCCUCACUUGUCAAGACAGAAGAAGUAUAUGUUUCAUUGAUCAAUCGCCCCCCGGAAAUUUCUCGAGUCAAUCUUCACUAAUCGGUGGAGGUGGUCAUCUCAGGGAAGCAUUCAAGAUGUAUCUAGCAGGACUCGUUAGCUCCACGUUCGUGAUGGCACGUCGGCCAGCAUCAAAUGUGGAGCUCGUCGAGUUGUCGUUGGAGAAUGAGUAUCUCCCGCCCAAGCUGGUGGAGAGACACAAGGAGUUUCGUAGAGACCCCAACGGGCAUUUGAAUGGUAACUUGAUUUGUAACUAUGGGGAUAGUAAUCAGACUAAAGCGAUUACGGAGGUUAAGAAUGUCAACACCAGCAUUGUGCCCGCUACGCCGAACAGGAAACUCAAAGAGAGGAGAAAGCGGAGGAUUUCCUUGGAGGAUCUUCCGGCAGACCUUUACAUGGAGCCGCUGAAUCCUCUUUUGUUGCAGUUACCUGAAGGUGGUGGUGGUGCAGCGACCCUUGGUGCGGACGAUCAUCAGCACCGAGUGAGAUCUUCAGCACCAGGAGGGACAUCCGCGUGUGUGUUGCGAAAGCUAGGCCUGGAGGAGCAGGAUUUGGAUCAAGAAUGGUCGUUCUGGAUGUCAAACAUGGCGCAGGCAGAUAGGACUAUGGCGGAGACGAAUACGGAGUCAAGCGUGGCGACUGUCAGCACGACGUCGAAAGUUGGAUCGCCAUUACUUUUAAGUAGAGUGCACCAUCACCCGUUGGAGGUAACGGAGGAGGUUCAAGAGCACAGACUCUCAGACGCAGAUGCAAGAACAACAACAACAGGCAUCGGACCUGCCGAAUCAUUCAGGGAGUCUUGUGAGGAAAUGAAACGAGAUAUUACCAGAGUGGCGAGCCUGCCGAGAGGUGACGAGGCCUUUGCAAGGAUCUUGCAAGUAUUGAAAAGAAUAGAGGAGAGUGAAUCCGCAAAGGGGCGAAAAUCAUCCACGAGGAUAGGAGCUGGUGAAAUUGCACCGCGUCUAUCCGAUGAGCAUGCGGGACUAGAUGCUUUGGAGCCUGAUGACCGAAAAGAGGUAAACCCAGGAGAGCAAGGGGCGUCAAUUGGGAUGUCGAGUGCUGAUGCGGAAGCUCUUGGUGAUAUUCGGAGGCCAACUUUGUCACCCAUGCCAUCACUUUCGAGCCCAGUGAUGGAGAAGUCAUCUCUUCCACCUCUGUCACCUGUGCCAUCUCUGUUCUGUCCGAUGUUGGAGAGAUCUUCUCCAUCUGUUUCGAGCCCAGCGACGGAGCGGUCGCCCUCUCGGCCUCUUUCACCUAAUCCAUCUUUCUCGAGCCCGAUGAUGGAAAAGAUGCAAGCGGGUGCUGCAUCGCCGGAAUUACUUCACUCGUGGAAUGAAACAAUCCAGAGCCCACCAAAGGUUGCAGUGAGAAGUAUGGAACCAGUGAGAGAGGAAACAGUUCUGUGGUACUCGUCGCCGAGAAGGACAGAAGAGGAUAUUCAAGCCGAUCCUUCAUUUCGGCGAUGGAGAUGGAAACCGCCACCUGAACGUGAGCCCACUUCAGACUUUGAGGAUUUUCAGGAACUGGACAUCGGAGCACCUGCUGAUGGUGCGAAAAUGAGAGACCAAAAGUAUGCUCCGACUAACUUCACUAACUUCGAAGCCUUCCUGAAUCUGAGAACCUUCGAUCUCGGUCAAAAAACGGCAUCGGCGAAGGUGGAUUCAGAUGCUCGGAAUCGUGAGGACGGGUCCCACAGUGAUUAUCCUUCACCGUCCUCUUUCACUUGCAGACUUUCGCCAACGUCAUUGUUCUCGGUCGAUCAAGAGCCAUUCCACUUGAGCCUGUCACCGUUCGAUGACAAAUUUGCCUAUUUCCCCCAGGCCCAUAAAAUAGCGUCGGAGAUCAGCGUAUCUCCCCGUUCUGUGCUUUCGCAGGAGCCCAAGGAAGUCUCCCAUUUCCUGUCGCAUGACUCUGAGAUGCGAAAGAAGAAUCGUGCGCCGCGGGAUUCCUCGUGCGAGUUGAACAAUUACGAGUCUUCCGACUUGGAGACACCGCGGAAAACUGGGUUCGGAGAACUACCUUUUCCUCCGUUUACGUACAAUGUGGCCGAUGAGUUGGGAGAAACGUCUUCAGAGGAGGAUCUAGACGACGCUUGCGAAGUAACGACGCUGGCGGACACAUAUCAGCAACAUUCAAGUUCUCCCGAGUUACACUACUUUCAAGAAGCAGAACAACGGGAGCCAUGGCUUGAUGAAUUAGACGAUGCUGACUUAGAGUUCCUGUUUCCCCUAGAUUUCAGCAACAAAUACAGAAACAUGAUCAGAGCAGUACCCAAGGUAUCCGAGGAGGUUUGGGAUAUGAGAAACCCCAAUAUAGCUCAGGGAAAUCCGAGAAAGCCUACUGAAGACAUUGUCACGACGGUGCCAGAAGUGCGCAAGGAGGUUUCGGAGAUGGCAAGCUCUAAGAAAGCUCAAGGAAGUCCGAGGAAUACUACUAAAGACAUUGUUACGACAGUGUCAGAGGUGCGCAAGGAGGAUUCGGAGGUGGGAAGCAUGAAAACACCGCAAGAGACACCAAAGAAUCGCAAUGCCUGGGUGCCAUACGUGACCAGCCAGCUACACGAAAGCUAUUCAUCAUUAGGUACCCCUACCAAGAGAGGAAUGACGACACCACGGCGUCUGUCGUUUCAAGAGAAAUCCUCAGAGGUUUUCGUAGCAAGUCUCUACAGAGGUAUCUCUCUUGAAAAACAGAGCCCUGUGCAACCGAAAGCGGCUCCAAAACGCCGCGUGAACUUCGCGCCUGAUCUGGUGAGAGAGAUCCCCAUAUCAGCCUCGAAUCUAAGCACCAGGAAGCCAAAGCCACCUCCACUUCCACUCCCUCUUCGUCGUGCAAGUGAGGAAGUAGACCAUGAAUCUAUACCACCGAACCCGAGGGACUGGAAAGUUGAAGAGGAUAGUCCUUCUAUACUGACAUCAAGACGGCGGUGGGGUAGUAGCUUCCGAGACGAGACUGCAUCCAUCUCACCGGGUAAACCAAUUCAAGCAGGCUGGGGCUUUGGGGAAGGGCUCAAAUCCAGCCGACGAGGGAAAGGGGGGCAGGCGAUGCCGUUUUGUGCAGGGAGGCUGUUCACAUGGCCGCAGCGGUUCGGAUUAAAAGCGAGCAAAAGCAGAAGACCGACAGACAGCAGUGACGAGGAGAGCGUUGCAGGGGAUGGUCACAGCUUUGGCAGGUCGGCACGUAGAGACGCCGACACAGUGAGGAAGAUCCUCAAAGGGAGUCAAAAGAAGUACGCUAGUUUAACAAUAGCUGACAUUUUGAAACAGGAUUUUUGACGAGGCAACACAACGACCUGCCCUUGUACAAUACUCAACUAGAAAAAAAACAGCUCCUCAGGUUUCUGUGAAGAAUUGUACAUUAAUGAGAAUCAGUUCCAUCCCGGGACUUCAACACCA